AUGGAAUCAGAACCGCUAUCACUACCAUCGUACAACGACGUUUACAAUUCAGAUGUUUCCAAGUCUGAAUUAGCACAAAAGCUACCGCCUCCGUAUCAUGUCAAUUCACAACGCAAGAGAACAAUGCCAAUCGUUCAUUCUAUCGGAGAAAGAGGGCCCCGGCUCUUUUUAAGUGAAGAAUCCUUAAAUAAGUAUAGGCAUACGAAUUUUCACGAGCAGUAUCUGGUAAAUCUUCAGAACGCCGGUAUACCUUUAUUCCAAUUUCUCAAAACUUCAAGAUUCAAGCGUAUGAUAGGGAAAUCAUCUUUCGUUAUCAAUAAAUAUUUAUUACAGAAGCUUGAAACUGGUGUCGGCGAUGAGAAACCAAUCUUAACAGAUGGAACUUAUGGACUCUAUAAGAUACCGUUUUGUUGGAUUUUUAGAAAAAAGAAAGGCGGGAAAACGACUUAUACAUUUAGAUACUCUGAAGGUACAAACGUUUCUGAACACGAAUUGAUUGAAGACCAUAACGAAUACUCGGGCAUGCUAAAUGGGGACGAAUUUCGAUAUGCCUCCCCAGAUGGCAAUUUUGACAAAUUACUACUAAUUUUGGGUUCAAAUGCGGUCAGUGGUCUUUAUACUAGAGAGGAUUGUGAUUAUUUAAUGGUGAAACACUCGAAACUUGCGCAUAUUAUCCUCAGUGAAAGUCCUGGUGAUCAAAUUUCUACUACAACGCUUCUUUUAGCAUGUCAAGGACUUUUAAUCAAUCAUUUAGUUAGAAACCAUUUUUUCCAAGGAACGGUAGCCAAUCGGCCUCCACCAAGAUCUGCUGUUUGGGAUCCCCUAUGGCAGGAUCAGUAA